UAUCAGCCAACCGGAGCGCAGGAGGUGGGACUUAAAGAGGUUAAAGUAUUUAACCGGAAGAGAAAAGCACGUGUUGUGAAUCUGUUUGUUGUGAUUAUUUUUAUUUUAUUUACCUUUUUUCCCGCGUGUGAAAGAAAGAAGCGGAAAUGGAAAAUUUGGUGUUGUUCAGACUUCAGCAUGAGGAGAGUAAACUGCUGGGAGUUCAGUCCCAGCAUGGAGAAACUGCUGAGAAGUUCACCAGGGCCUUCCUGAAGAGCAGCGCUCCUCGACUGAGCUGUAGGGAAGCAGAAGACGCCCUGCAGCGUAAAGCUGUGAUGCUGCGCUACGCUCGAGAGAAGAAGAAGAGAGGAACAAAGACGAAGGCUAAAGGACUUAACGCUAAAGAGAGGAGAGCACUGAGAGUGUUUGAGCUGAAACCUGAGCACCAGAAGUACGAUCUGUUCCUGCCUCUGCACGGCCUGUGGGAGCAGUACAUCACUGAGCUGUGUAACGGCCUCCGACCUGACAGUAACCCUCAGGUGAUGCAGCAGAAACUCCUGAAGGCAGAUUUUCAUGGUGCUGUUCUAACAGUUGUGCGCUCUAAAUGCCCCUCAUAUGUGGGCUGCACUGGGAUCCUGGUGCAGGAGCUGAAACACGUGUUUAAGCUCAUCACAAAGGAGAACAGACUGAAAGUAAUUCCUAAGAGGAACAGUGUGUUCAGUGUGGAAAUGGGAGAUUUUGUCACUCUCAUUUAUGGCAGCAAGUUCGAGUUUCGGUCCAGUGAGAGAUCAGCAAAAAAAUUCAAGACCAGAGGCACCAUUGACCUGUGAAGAAGCUCCUGACCAUCACAGUGGGCUCUGGAGGGAGAACCAACUGGGGAACCUGCUGGGGAACUUGCUCUGGAAUUCUUCAUCAUGGUCCUUUAGACCCUGCAAGAAAUUAGUUUGUGACUCAGACACAGUUAUUUAUUCUCUGUGCUGUAAUUUAUCAGGUUGUGUUUAGAGAUGCAGAAAUUCUCAUAUCUCUACGUCUCUAAACACCACUUCCUUACAGGACCAGACUUAACACAUGCUCUGACUGAAGACUGAAGUGCUGUGGAGAUUUCACAAGCACAAGAUUGCAGUUGUUUGUGAUGCGGAAAAAAUGUUUCCCUGCUUUCACCUCAGUCUAGAAGAUCGAGAUUCCUACAGACGGAAAAUGGGAACAUUGACAAGGACUUCAGUUUCUCACAGUGUUCAUCUGCUGCUUAUGAUGUUUACUGUCUCCUUUAAAGACAAUGUCAUGUUCAUAUAUCAGUUAAAACCUGUUGUUUAAUCAGAACAAAAUGUUCAGGAGCCGUUAUAGAUUAAAGUUCUGUGUUCAGUUUCA